ACUCAGACACUUUAUUAUGUGGAUUUGGCAAGAGAUACCAUAGGGUACAUGUCUUUGGAUGGCUACAAAACAGUGCAGACAGCACAAAAUCAUGAUGUUCAAGGCACAGAAGGCAUCGCCGUCGACUGGAUACACAGGAAUCUAUACACUUUACGUCAGCACCAGUUGCAUGUGCAGCGCCUAAAUGGUCAGUACCGAACAUCGCUGUACAAGGGACUAUUUCGACUGCCAAGAGCCCUAGUCGCUUAUCCUCAGACACGGGAUUUGUUUGCGAGCGAUUGGAGCGCAGAACCAUUUAUAGUACGCCUUGCGAUGGACGGUAGCAAAGCGGAAAAACUUAUUGUGGAAGAAUUGGUGUGGCCAAACGCGCUUGCUGUGGAUUAUUUCGCGGAACGUCUGUACUGGGCCGAUGCUUUCCGCGACGUUAUCGAGUUCGUUGGUUGCAGGCAUAAUUUGUCAUAA